UGAGCGAGCGAGCGAACGGCCGGCCGGCCGUUACUUUGCUGUCGGGGGUUUUUUUUUAAACCGUGUUUUUUUUUCUCUUUCUCUCUUGACCGUCCGCCGUGGAGGGAUAGAAGUAAAUCUAGAUAGAGAAAAAAAACAUACAAAAUCCACAACCGUCAGCGGAGCAGCUGCGGGUGGGUUUGUGCAUAUAUUAUAUAUAUUAUAUUAUAAUAUAUAUGUGUGAGCGGCGGAGGAAUGGGUGCCCUCAAGCUGGCGGAGCAGCCUCCAUUGGUCCAGGCAAUAUUUAACGGAGAUCCUGAUGAGGUGCGAAUGUUGAUUUAUAAAACUGAAGAUGUCAAUGCUUUGGAUCCUGAAAAGCGGACACCACUACAUGCAGCUGCCUUUCUUGGUGAUGCUGAAAUCAUCGAGCUGCUUAUCUUGUCAGGCGCACGUGUCAAUGCUAAAGAUAAUAUGUGGCUAACCCCACUUCAUCGUGCCAUUGCUUCUCGGAGUGAUCGCUCCAAUAAACACAGAGCCUUGUGGAGUGUCCAGAAGCAAUGGGAAGCAGUUCACGUUUUGAUCAAACAUUCAGCAGAUGUCAAUGCUCGUGACAAAAACUGGCAGACCCCAUUACAUGUAGCUGCUGCUAACAAGGCAGUGAAGUGUGCAGAAGCAAUCAUUCCAUUGCUUAGCAGUGUCAACGUUUCUGAUCGAGGAGGCAGGACAGCCUUGCAUCAUGCUGCACUCAAUGGGCAUAUAGAGAUGGUAAAUCUUCUAUUAGCAAAAGGGGCCAAUAUUAAUGCUUUUGAUAAGAAGGACAGAAGGGCCUUGCACUGGGCAGCUUACAUGGGUCAUGUUGAAGUAGUUUCGUUGUUGUUGAGUCAUGGAGCAGAAGUUAGUUCCAAGGAUAAGAAAGGUUAUACCUCACUCCAUGCAGCUGCCUCUAAUGGACAAAUUAAUGUGGUGAAACUACUGAUUAGUCUUGCUGUAGAGAUUGAUGAACCGAAUUUAUAUGGGAAUACAGCUCUUCACAUUGCAUGUUACAAUGGACAAGAUACUGUAGUCAAUGAACUUAUUGACUAUGGUGCUAAUGUGAACCAACCCAACAACAAGGGAUUUACACCUUUGCACUUUGCUGCUGCUUCAACCCAUGGUGCUUUGUGUCUUGAACUAUUAGUAAAUAAUGGAGCUGAUGUCAACUUCCAGAGUAAAGAUGGCAAGAAUCCAUUGCAUAUGACUGCUGUCCAUGGUCGAUUCACACGAUCACAAACACUCAUUCAAAAUGGUGGUGAGAUAGAUUGUGUUGAUAAAGAUGGCAAUACCCCUUUGCAUGUGGCUGCCAGAUAUGGACAUGAACUUUUGAUUAAUACCUUGAUAACCAGUGGAGCUGAAACUGCAAAAUGUGGCAUCCAUGGUAUGUUUCCCUUGCAUUUAGCAGCAUUAAACGCACAUGCAGACUGCUGCCGGAAGCUAUUGUCAUCAGGACAAAAAUAUAGCAUAGUGUCAUCAUUUAAUAACGAGCACGUGCUGUCUGCAGGCUUUGAGAUAGACACCCCUGAUAAUUUUGGAAGGACUUGCCUUCAUGCUGCUGCUGCAGGAGGCAAUGUUGAUUGCAUAAAACUACUACUGAGUAGUGGAGCGGAUUUCAAUAACAAGGACAAAUGUGGGAGGACUCCAUUGCACUAUGCAGCUGCGAAUUGUAACUACCAGUCUAUUAUGACGCUGGUGUCAACAGGGGCCAAUAUUAAUGAAACAGAUGAACGAGGUUGCACAGCUUUGCACUAUGCUGCAGCAUCUGAUGUGGACAGAAAGAGAAAAAGUAUCUUGGCGAAUUCAGAUGCAAAUAGUGAAGAACUUGAUGACUCAAAUGAGAAAAAAGAGAAAGAGGCCUCCUUCUGUUUGCAAUAUUUACUUCACAAUGAUGCCAAUCCAGCAAUACGAGACAAGCAGGGUUAUAAUGCAGUUCACUAUGCAGCUGCAUAUGGGCAUAAGCAAUGUCUGGAACUGAUUGCCAGCAAAAACUCCUUGGAGUUUCUUAUAGAGGCUACUGGACACAAUUUUGAUGACUCUGAUUCAGCAGCUCCAAAGAGCCCUUUGCAUUUGGCUGCCUACAACGGUCAUCACCAAGCACUUGAAGUACUUACUCAUUCCAUUAUUGAUCUUGAUGUAAAAGACGCAAAUGGACGGACAGCCUUAGAUUUAUCUUCCUUCAGAGGUCACACUGAAUGUGUGGAAGCCCUUAUUAACCAAGGUGCUUCUAUCUUAGUGAAAGACAAUGUGGCUAAGAGAACCCCACUUCAUGCAGCAGUUUCCAAUGGUCAUACGACAUGCCUGCGUAUGUUAAUAGAAGCUGCAGGUGGCUUGGAUGCAGUUGAUGUGACAGAUGGCAAUGGACAGACACCAAUGAUGCUUGCAGUUGCUAAUGGACACAUCGAUGCUGUCAUUCUAUUACUUGAAAAAGGUGCAAAUAUAGAUGCAGCAGAUAAACGAGGCUGUACAGCCUUGCAUCGUGGGGUUGUUACUGGCCACGAAGAAUGUGUGGAAACAUUAUUGGACCAUGAUGCAUUUAUUUUGUGUCGUGAUUCCAAAGGAAGGACCCCGUUGCAUUUUGCAGCAGCUUGUGGUCAUGCAACGUUAUUGUGCAAUUUAUUGCCGUCAGCACUUUCUAUAAGUUCCCUCACAAAUCUUGUAGAUAAUUAUGGCUAUACACCAUUGCACUGGGCUUGUUAUAAUGGUCAUGAAACCUGUUUGGAGGUCCUACUGGAACAAAAAGAAUUUAUCAAAUUUGGGGGUGCUCCUUUUACUCCUUUGCACUGUGCAAUAAUAAAUGACCAUGAAAAUUGUGCAGAAAUGUUAAUUGAAGCUUUAGGUGCUAAAGUUGUUGAUUCCAGAGAUGCCCAAGGAAGAACUCCUCUUCAUGCAGCUGCUUUUACAGACCAUGUAGAGUGUUUGCAAUUGCUGCUAAGUCAUGGUGCACAAGUGAAUCCUGCUGAUAAGUCAGGGAAAACUCCAUUAAUGAUGGCAGCUGAAAAUGGACAAUGUGGAGCUGUAGAGAUCUUGGUAAACAGUGCGAAUGCUGACUUAACUUCCAAAGACACCAACAAGAAUACAGCUCUUCACUUGGCAUGUAGCAAAGGUCAUGAAAGAUGUGCCUUGUUCAUUCUCGAGAAGAUGGAUAGUGCAAGCCUUAUUAAUGCAACAAACAAUGCAUUGCAAACACCACUUCACAUAGCCGCACGGAAUGGACUUAAAAAGGUUGUGCAUAAUUUGCUAAGCAAAGGUGCAAGUGUUCUUGCUGUGGAUGAAAAUGGUCACACCCCAGCCUUGGCUUGUGCUCCUAACAAAGAUGUGGCUGACUGUCUGGCACUCAUUUUGGCUACCAUGAUGCCUUUCUGUCCUACCAGCACAAUGACGUCCUUCAGCAUCAGUCUAACAAAAAAUGAUAGUUUGAACACCCCUCUAUCCUAUGAUUUCCCUAAUACGGGUAGCAACAUAAAUUCUUUCAACAAACAGUUGUAUAACUGUGUAGGAAAAAUGGAUAGAGGUCAGGAAGAUGAUGAUGAAAAUGAUUCGGACUCUGAGACAUUCUGAUUGAUUUUAGAAAGCUUAACAUGCACAGGAAAAGUCUUAAUUUGUUGUUCAAUAGAAGAUUACAGAUGACCACUCAAUUACUGCUUAUUUAAAAAGCACUUAUUUGAAGGCACUUUUCUUACAGGAUUUAAGAGGAAAGCAGAAUCUUGGAGUAUUGAUUAAUUGAGGACUAUUGAGUAGGGCACAUGAUUUGCUAAUGCUCAAAUCUGCCAGAGGUUGGUGUUUUCACGGUCUCUGGGACAUUGUAUGCAAAUUUGUGGUACAUGCAGUACCUGUGGAAAUUUUUGGGCUUUGUUAUGACUAUGUUGUUCCAUGCCAAAUUGCUUGCCCUACAAUGAGAUAGUAUAACUUUGACAAAUUAGCACAAGCAUGCAUUUUGCACUUCCAGUUUAAAAACUUGUGAUAAGAGUUGUUAGAAAUAAACCAGACACCUGAGCCAUUAACUACUGAUAAACUAUGAAUGACCUGUCCCAGGUUGCAGUGUCAAGUAUUCAUAAGUUAGAAGAAAACUUGAUGGCACCCUUUUAUUUUAAAUGUACCAGUGAUUUUAGGUGACUGUUCUGUUAGCAGAAAUAUAGUAUUUCAUACCUUUUUUUUAAUACCGCCUCCUUUGGCAGCCUUUAAAAAUGUAUAGCAAUUUUGUUUAAAUCUACCCAUCUGUAGGAUGAAGACAGUAACUGCCACAAAGAACAGUUCUGAUGAAAUCUGCUUCAUCUGCCAAAGCUUAAUAUGUUAAAUGGACACGUUCUUUCACCUGUGACAGGAACACUGCAGGUGGAAUGACAAGUUCUUUUUGUGUCUGGCCAGUGAUGUCAAAUGGACCAAACAUGCUACAGAUUGGGAUUGACUGUUUUCGUUUUUUUAAACUUAAAAGCCUUUUUUUAGUCAUAAUAUUUUCACAGCUACAUUGAAGUAGCCUGUUUCAGUAAACAAUGCAGUAUUCAAAAUACAAAAAAUGCAUUUCACAUAAGUGAAAUCAGAUAUUGUUAGAUUAGAAAUCAGCAAAAUAAAGCUUCAGAAAUUACAAAACCUCAUUUGAAAACAAUUACAUUGCUGUAUGAGGUGGCUGAACAUUUACUGCAACCUUGCUAUUUUGACUAAAAGCACUGAAAAACUUACAAGAAACCUUAAUUAUCUUGUUACAGUAGUACUGUAUAUAACUGUCCAUGCAGAUAAAUUUCAAGAGACCUCUGAUAUGAAAUUGCUUUAACGCAAUUAAGUACCAUAUCAUAUUAAAGCACUGAAAUUGAAGGAAAAUGCCAAAAGUGAUAGCCGUGUCUCGAGAAGACUGGUGUUUUGUUAACUAACUUUAGUAAAGGCUUACAGCCACAGUAUCAUUUUGAACCCAUUUACUUCUCUAUUUUAUUUACUGAAAUGAAAUCAGCUGGUGACUUCUGUACUGUGGUUGUUUUAUAAAUAUAUUUUUGUUCGUGUAUUUCGAGUUGACUUGUUUGAAUCAGUGGGAUAUAAAAUUAAUACAUUUUUAAGUGCACAAUUUGAGCAGUUAAUUAUAUACUUUUCAACUUUUUAUAGUUUUUAAUAUAAACAUAGAAAAAGACCUGACAAAAUAAAUACUGGAACUUUGAGAUCCAUUACAUUGUGAUUGGCAAUCUUUGUAGCAAAUGCUUUCACUUGGGUUGAUAUCAAAUACUAUUUUGUUUUUGUUGCUUUAUAAAAUAGUUAGUGCCUUUCUCCCCAUGAGUACUUUCCAGAUGGUUUCCAAAUAUCUUCUAGAACUUUGCUAAUUAAUAUCCAAGCAAUAAUGUUAAUUAAAUUUUGAAUUUACAAUGAAUGUAAAAUUUUCUUUUUAAAGGUUUAAAACAUCUGAUUGAAGAGUGCUUUGUUCAUUAAACCAUCAUGGAUUGUUUUUGCAGUGUUAUAGAUUGCUUGUAGGUCUUGCAAUUUAGCUUUGAAAUUGAUUCUAUUUGGAAAAGGGCAUUUACAAAUUUGACCAUCUGUGUAUUUUAAAACCAUAAAAACAAUUAUUUCGGGAAGCUGAUGCAGUGGUCCAUCCAUUUAAAACACCUAUAAUCCUCCAUUUGGUAAUCUUGUUGACUUAUAUGCUUUAGCAUGUGCAAUAUGUCUUGUUAUGGUAUAGUAUGGUAUCAUGAUACAGUGACAGUGUUAUAUUUUGUUUUAUGCAGUGAAUGUGUAACAAUCUAGUGAAAAUGAAAAUGUACGGUGGAAGCAGCUGUCUGUGGAAAUUUUAUGUAUUUGGUCAUAUUUCUACAGUAUAGAGGGUAUAAAUUUAAAGAUUUUUUUUGAUGUACUUAAAGACUGUCAAAGUGUACGAAGUAAAUCCAAAUCAAUUUUAAUCCAGCCUGGACCUCAAGCAUACUUUGAUUUUCGACUUUUGUGAACUACUGAAUGCUUCAGUGAUGUAUAAAAGUACUUAAUUGUAAACUACUUUUUUUUAAUUAAAAGCAUUCAGAUGCUGUAUAUUUUUGUGAAAAUAAAG